AUGGACUCUUUCAUUUCCGAUCUGGUUCUCGAUAGCCUAAUCGAGGUCAAAUUCGACCAUCACUACACACAUCGACUCACUAUGCAUAACGAUCUGUCUUCUUCACGAUUUGGGAGACGUAGGCCGCGAAAGGAUGUAUGGGAGGAAGUCAAGAAACUGGGGAAAGGAGCUUAUGGCACUGUUUCUCUCCAGAGAUGCCUGACAAGCGACAAAGCGGAAUUGCAAGCCGUGAAGAAAAUUAAAAAGACCAUCCUACCAAAGAGAAUCGAUUAUUUCAAGGAGCUGGAAGCGAUCGCGAAAUUCUCACAGAAGAAGUACGAAGGUCUUUUUGUCGAGUUCAUUGGAUGGUAUGAAAAUGUUGAACACGUAUUCAUUGUUAUGGAGUAUAUUGAAAACGGCGAUCUGGAUUCGCAUCUCGAAAGGCCGUUGCCUGAAAGCGAAGCUAGGUUGAUUACGUUCCAGCUAGCGGAAGGCCUGAGUCUUCUUCACGAGAAUGGAUUUGUUCAUCGAGACCUGAAACCCGCGAAUAUCUUUGUCUUUCGCAAGGGCCCCAAAUGGUGGGUCAAAAUCGGUGAUUUCGGUUUCAGCAAACGGGACAAUGGGAAGGAAGGCAUGCUUCGAUCACUGGUUGGGACACCGGCAUUUUUAGCUCCUGAGGUUCGAAACGUGUACCUCACUGGUAUGAAUAACAAGGACACCAUGAACUCAUAUACAAAUAAAGUUGACAUAUGGGCGUUGGGUAUUAUAACUUUCUACAUGGUUUUCCUUGAUCAUCCAUUCGAUCCCGAAGAUAUCAGCGUGCAACAACAAUAUAUGCAAGAUGGAAACUUUCCCUUUCCCAAACCUCGAUCGAAGAUUAUUAGCUCAGAUUGCAAGAGCUUCAUCAAGGCCGCAAUGGCUCGACAUGCCUCGGAGAGAUUAUCUGCAAAAGAGGCAAUGGAGACUGCGUGGCUGCGGCAGGGGGAAUUUCAUCUUACCAGAACAUUGAGCAUGCAAAUCAAGGAAGAAAAGCUCCGAUGCAGUGAAAUCGAGGAAUUCCAUGAGACGCUUUUGCCUGUGCAGGAGCGGCCUUCGCUUUUGCCUGUGCAGGAGCGGCCUUCGCUUUUGCCUUUGCCAUUGCAGAAAGAGUCUUCGCCUUUGUCUGAUAGCGACAAUCAUAACUUGUCUCCAGCGACGAAUAAAAAUGUACAGGCAUAUGUACUGCCCUAUCGGGGGUUAUCCACCCGAAAAGAAUCUACUGCAGUGAAGUCUGAGUCCUCAGAAACUCAAACUGUUUCUUCAUCAUACGAAGGCACGAAACAAUUGGAACUGAGAAAAUGGCUAAAUCUACACAAGAAAGGGGUAGAGUCUUUCCAAAAUCAUGAGUUCAAGACAGCCGAGUUCUAUCUCCGAAGAGCGGCCGAGGGCCGAGAGAAAUUACUGACCUUAGAUGAUCGGGACACUCGGACCUCAUACGAUCUUCUGGGUAUUACUUAUUACUAUAUGUCCCGAUAUUCGGAAGCCAAACGUGUGUUUCAGAAGCUUUUUGAAUAUCGAUCAGAGGCGCACGGUUCGAAUUGUGUAUCCACACUCAGAUCCCGCUAUCGGGUCGGAGCCAUGACAAUUCGAGAAGGAAAUUACCCAGAAGGACUGUCUAUUCUGCAGCAAGUGGUAGAAACCCAAAAAUGUGUGCUCGGGGUAUUUCACCCACAUACCUCUUCUACGCUUCAUGAAAUUGAAGAGAUCAACGCCCAGAUAGACAAAGCCACAAGCUCCAUGCAGCAAAUGAUUUGGGACCGUGCGCCGUUACUUCAGCGAAGCUCUCGCCAGUUUCGGCUCUUUCCGAGAACAGCGGCAGUCAAAAUUCGAGGCUUAAUUCAAAAUAGAGCGGCAAAUGUCAGAGUGCUAUUACCACACAACUCUCCCAAGCUUCUGCCAAAACCUAAGCAGGGUGGCUCGACCAAAAUUGAAACUCAUUAUCGCACCAUGGCUGAACUUGGUCAAAGGUUGCACGGACAGGGAGAUUAUAACACUGCUAAUAACUAUCUCGAAGUGGCAACGGAGGGGCUUCAGAAAUGCUUGGGACCAACACAUGCUGAUUCACUCGAUGCUCUCUAUUGGCUUGGUCGCAAUCAAUUUGAGCUAUUUCACUAUGAAGCCGCAGAGCAUCUUUUUAGUGAGGUCGCAGACGGGUUCAGCAAGAGCCUAGGUAGUACCAGCAGGAAGACGUUGGAUUCUUUGUAUGCGCUUGGACUAGCGCUUUCUAAGCAAAGAAAAUACAGUGAGGCCGAAAAAGUCUUUCGUUCUGCACUCCGAGAACUAGAACAUAAAAGCGACAAAUAUGACCAAUGUCUAGUGCACACCUCCUUCCAGAUUGGAUUCACCCUGUACAAGCAAGGAAAUUCUGGCGAGGCUGAACCAAUCCUCGAAGAAACUUUGACAAGACAAAGGCUUUUGCUAGGUCCGGGAGCAGAAGAGACAAUUGAAUGCGCCUUCUGGCUUGGAUGUGUUCUUUUUGACCUGGAAAAAUAUUCCGAUUCUGAAGAAGCUUUCUGGCAUGCUUAUCGUCGGACUUUUACUACAGGAAAAGGCACCCGAAGCAUGACAACGAGUCAUUGGUUGGGUUUAUCUAUGUACUACCAAAAAAAGUACAAAAAAGCCAUGAUAUUCCUCAAUCAAGCAUACUCGCGACGGUACAGCAAAUAUGGAGAAUAUGACCUGGAUACUUUAUGUUCCACUUAUUGGCUUGGCUUAGCGUACUAUCGCCAGGCCAGAUACGCUGAUGCAGAGCCUCUUCUUUUCCAGGCGCAGAAUGGGAUAAAAACGCGUUUCGGGCCCUCAAAUCAAGAUACCCUCGACUGCCUAUAUUGGUAUGAAAAGGUUCUGCAAGCACAAAAGAAAGCUGAAAUGGCAGAGUUGGCCCAGCAAGAAUUAAUUCAAGGUUAUAUGGUAUUUUUUAGUCUCGAGUAUCCAGCGAGUCUACUGACCAUCCAGUGGUGGAUCGAGUCACUACAACCUCAGGAGAAAUUCUUUGGGGCAAAUCUGGAUUGGAAAGAAGUCGGGCCUGAAAAAGACUUAUUCCAAUUUGGGAAUUAA